AUGGCACCAACUCAGUUAGAAAUCAAAGUAAGAGCUUUGCAAAGGCUACUAAAGGAAGAACAGUAUUACAUUCAAGAACUAAAAGAUCAGUCAUUACAUGUGGAAUCCUUACAAAAAGACACGUCCGUUGACCCCUAUGAUUUGAAAAAGCAGAUUGAAGUUCUGGACGAUACCAAGAGACUAUUGCCAACGUUAUAUCAGAAAAUCAAAGAGUUUACAGAUGAUCUAGAGCAAUACUUGAAGACUUACAGUGGGGAUGAUACCAUUGAUGCGAAAGAAACCAUCACGAAAGCUACAGAAUUAUUAAAAAAGCAGCAGAACUAA